AUGCAGGUGCGGCAGCAAUCGAACAUCAGUCACGUGUAUGUGAACCGUCGUGUGGCCCUUCUCUCCAAAUUGGUUGAGAUGGCGUUUGACUCCAACAACUCUAUGGCACAAUGCGUUUCCCGUCAAUGCGAGAUCAUCAAGCACGGUGUUUUGGUGGCCACCCAGAUCAGCUCUAUGACUGGCUUGGGGCGAGAUGCAAAGGCACGUGUGCUGAAAGAUGCUGGAAGAUUGCAGCUUGGCAAGAUCAUCCGUCUGGGCGCACAGCUUUUGGCUUCCAGGGAAGAACUGUCAAAUCUGGAGGUCGCAGCUUGCCCGACACAGAAUCUUCCAGGUCUGGAUUCUGAUGCUGCUGCCGCCAAGGAUGCCGAUGCUGUGACCACGGCUCAGACGGAGGCAAAUGGAGCACCUUCAGCUGCAGCAGACGCAGCCACAGCUCCUCCUAUGGAGUCUGAAGGUACAUCAGCAGCAGACCAGGACCUAGCCUCUGUGAAGGCUGCACAGGACAUCGACGUAGAUGAUGUCUUUGCUUCUCCUGAAAUGAUGCAGCUGGCCUUGGUGGUUGUGCCAGCGGCGGCAGCGCCAGAGUGCAAGCCAGAAGAAUCUGAGGCUACGGCUACGGCGGCUACGGCUACUUCCACGACGCAGCCAGAAGCACUGGGACCUUUGGAGAGGAUCCGUCAGAUUACCAUUGACAUGUUCAACCUUGAUCCAGGAAGCGCUUUCAGUGACAUGCUGCAAGGUGAGUUGGUCCAAGACUUCAUCCUCCAGCACAUUGCUUCAUGCCGAGAGCAGCUCGAUGACAUUGGAUUGAAGAUGCAGGGUGCACUUGGCCCAUUCAAGGAUGUUUCCUGGAACUGGGAAGUGGAAGGUGCAUUGGGUAGAUCUGGGGCCACUGUCGAGGAACUUUUGGAAGCAGCGAAGCCGAUCAUGGUCAAAAUGCCGGUCAAAGGGCAAGCCUUCUCAGAUAUCGUCCAGAAGAUGUCUUCAGUUGCUGCCACUGCAAAGGAGUUCGCUGAACAAAUGGCUUCUGCGAGGACCAUCUUGACUUUGCCGCUUAUGACAGAGCCACAAGAGAAGAUGGAUGAAUUCAUGAGGUUCUUUGCUUCUCAGACGGCCCUUCUUCGUCGGGGUCGUGCUCUGUUUGUUACAACAGUGCUGAUCUUGGCACUCAAGCUUUCAAAGCAAGAUCAGGAGAGCCAACAGAAUGCCAAGCGCCUCAUUCGCGAGCACAUGGCCGCUAUCCGUGGUGGACAAGAUGGAAUGCAGGAUGUAGAUGUGCCAUUGUCU